AUGCAGCAGAGGGACGACAGAACAGGCCUGGACAGGGCAAGGAUCCGGAGUGCUGCAGACAACGAGACUUCCGCUGCCCACCAGUGGACAACUCUCAAUGCCAUUCCCAGCUACAGAGCCCAGCUUCCAAAUCUACGACGGUUGUUCGUCGAGGCCCGAUCAGAGGCCGAAGAGAACGAAUACUCCCGAACAGCAUUCUACAACAUGGUGCUUUUCAUCUCUUCCGUUGCAGUGUUCAGCCUGGUCGCUCAACGGAUGAGUGGAGCGAAACUGGGCAAAUAA